GUUGGAUUUGGGCCACUUGUAGCAUCAGUUGUUGUGCCAUUGUUCCAAUAUAGUAAUUUUUGAGAGCGACGCAAAUGAAGGAUAUUCUCCCAAUCCUGACAGGCUUCGGCCUGCUAGGCUUUGUUACAGCCAGCGUACUACCAAGAGGCCAUUCAAAGAUAUUUGGAAGGAAGCAUGUCCAACAACGUGGUUAUGGCGGUGGUGGUCACGGCCAUGGCCAUGGCCACGGUUAUGGCGGCCAUCACUCCGGUCAUCAUGGCUACUCUGGGUACAGUCCUUACGAUUACUACAAAGGCUUCGGUCCCUAUGGAUUUCCAUUCCCACUUGAUCCUGAAUUAUAUCCCGGUUUAGAUUUUGACGCCGCCGUGUUGAAUCCUUCCCUCUUCGCCGAAUACUUGGCCAACGGUGGCGCUUAUAAUAUGGCCAAUGGUGCAGCUUUUAAUCAGGCCAACGGUGGAACUUUCAAUCAGGGCCUUGCUGUACCUGCUGAACAGGCCAUUGAACCAGUCGAUCAGAGCAACGGUGCACCAGUCAAUCAGGGUAACGGCAGUCCGUUGGUUACUCCAGCUCCGGCUGUUGAGGCUACUCCGGCUCCAGUAACUCCAGUACCGAACGCCGAAAUUUCCAUGCCCCCUGUGAUUGCAGAGCCCUCUGGAGCACCGGUUGUAGAGCCCUCGGAAGCGCCAGUUGUAGAGCCAUCGGGAGUAUCAGCCGUUGAGCCUUCCGGAGCACCAGCCGUUGAGCCUUCAGGAGCUCCCGUUAUUGAGCCUUCAGGGGCUCCCGUCGUCGAGCCUUCAGGGGCUCCCGUCGUUGAGCCAUCUACUCCAGUCGUUGAGCCAUCUGCUCCAGUCGUUGAGCCAUCUGCUCCAGUCGUUGAGCCAUCUGCUCCCGUCGUCGAGCCAUCUGGAGCUCCCGUUGUCGAGCCAUCUGCUCCAGUCGUUGCGCCUUCUGCUCCGGUUGCUGAGCCUUCUGCUCCGGUUGCUGAGCCUUCUGCUCCAGUUGUUGAGCCAUCUGCUCCAGUUGUUGAGCCAUCUGCUCCAGUUGUUGAGCCAUCUGCUCCAGUUGUUGAGCCAUCUGCUCCAGUUGCUGAGCCAUCUGCUCCGGUCGUUGAGCCAUCUGCUCCAGUCGUGGAGCCAUCUGCUCCAAUUGUUGCGCCAUCUGCACCUCCAAGCAGUGCGCCAGCAUCGCCACUAGCCACCUUUGUUUGUAACGCAGUUGGGUACCUGGUACAAUCAAAUUCGCUGUAUAGUCUGAACGCUACCUCAGGUUUGACAUCCUUACUGAGCUCAACGAUUGGCGCUGGAGGAGAUGUGACCUCCAUUGGAUACAACGUCUUGGACAACACAAUUUGGGGCGUAGUGAGCAUUUUAGGAGCCAACAGCCUGGUUCAAAUCGGAAGUGAUGGUGGCCAGAAGCCUCUCGCUGUUAGCCUUGGAGCAGGCUACUGGAAUGCUGGUGACAUCGACAACACUGGAAAGUUCUACAUAACUCAGGGAGGAGGAGUAUGGGCAGUGAUCGACCUUGCUCCCGGCUCCGCAACAUUCGGUACGAUCAUUGAAAGCGGCGACGCAACUGCCAGUAUUAUAGCCAUCAACGGCAUGGGUAUAUUUGACUGGGUAUAUCUUCCUGCCAGACCCGGCUACUUAUACGCCGUAACUAUUGGACCAUCACUGGUUCGCUUUAAUUUGGCCACGCACAUUUGGGAAAAGAUUAUGGACUAUCCUUCACUCGCUGGUACGAACCAGUUCGGUUCAUUCUGGGGUUCAGACACCGACGAGUUUUACGGACAAGAGACCACUACAGGCAAUAUUUACACAUUCAAUGCGGGCGGUGGAGCCGCAACAUUGCUAAGUACAAGCCUCAGCGUACCUUCCGGUGAUGGUGCAAGAUGUAUAUCUGCUGUUGCUGCUUCACCGAUUGAAAGUGGUGGCAUUCCAGGACGCUUCAUAUAAACUCCCAUUAAUUGCUCAACUAAGCAUGAAUUUCACUCUAGUCAUACCGGGGAAAUACGUCGACUCGACAAAAACAUACUAGGGUCAGAAUCAUCAGUACGAUUUGUUG